AUGCUGUGCAUGAUGCUCAAAGAGAUGCUGCAGAUCGUCACCAGCCUGCAGACGUACCUCCAUGCGGACGUGGUGGAGGUGGAGUGGGCGGCCUUCCUCGCCUCCAUCCGCGCCAACCCCGACUUCUCCUUCCUGCUCGCAGCUCAUGACCGCUUCCUCUCAUCGUUGGAGCGCCAUGUGAUGCUGGGCAACACACACUUCACGCGUCCGCUGCACUCGCUGCUUGUGCUCGCCAUGAAGCUCUGCCGCCGCCUCCACCACUCUGCACCGCUGCCUCUCCCACUGCUGCAAGACAUGCGUAAGGAGCUGGAUGCUAAGGCGUGUGCUUUGUAUCUGUCAGUGGGAAUGCUUCACCACUCCGUGUCCACGCCGCAAGUGCACAAGCUGCUCACACAGAUCAAUUUCAACGGCUACUACUCACUCUCCACUAGUUGA